GAAAUAGUCCGCUUUACAAGAGAAAUACGAAGAGAAAAUAAAAUCCUUACUUGAGGUUACAUUUUAAGAAAUGGAUUUUUUGAACGUUUCUUAUUUUUCUAGUGGACACUCAAAUUUAACAAGAGCUGAAGAUGAUGCCCCUCACUGCGGUGCCAGUCUGCCUGUCAUCUUUGGAAUCAUCUGUUUCCUGGGCAUCAUCGGGAACUGCAUCGUCAUUUACACAAUUCUGAAGAAGACCAAGUGUCGUGCCAAGCAAACAGUCCCAGACAUAUUCAUCUUAAACUUGUCAAUCGUCGAUCUCAUGUUUCUUCUUGGCAUGCCGUUCCUCAUCCACCAGUUGCUGGGCAACGGUACGUGGCACUUCGGUGCGGCCAUGUGCACGGUCAUCACUGCCCUCGACUCCAACAGCCAGAUUGUCAGCACUUACAUCCUCACUGCAAUGACCCUUGACCGCUACUUGGCGACUGUUCAUCCGAUCCGCUUCAAUCACAUCCGAACACCAUACGUAGCUGUACUGGUCAUCGGACUGGUGUGGGUACUGUCCAUGUUCACAAUCAUCCCUGUGUGGAUGUACACUGGUCUGAUGCCUCUGCCGGACGGACUGGUUGCCUGUGCUCUCCUUCUCCCAGAUUUGGUCAAUGACACGUACUGGUUUACACUUUACCAGUUUUUCUUGGCUUUUGCAAUCCCUUUGGUCAUCAUCUGCUGGGGGUUCUUCAAGAUCCUACAACACAUGUCCGCCAGCGUGGCACCGCUGCCCCCACGCAGUUUAAGGGUGCGGACCAGGAAGGUGACGCGGAUGGCGGUGGCCAUCUGCCUCGCUUUCUUUACCUGCUGGGCUCCUUACUACAUCCUGCAGCUCAUCCAUCUCGGGGUGCAGAACCCAAGCAUAGCUUUCUCAUAUGCGUACAACAUUGCCAUCAGCAUGGGUUACGCAAACAGCUGCAUCAACCCAUUUCUCUACAUUGUUCUCAGUGAGACCUUCAAGAGACAUUUCCUCCGGGCGGUGCGUCCAAUCAACAGGAAGUUCAGAGUAAACCCGAGCACCACAGACAGUGUUAGCAUGAGGAUUGUACCUGAAGGCGCUCAGGAGGAGCAGGGCUCCAGGGAGAUGUUGCCCUCCAAUGAUCCCCCACAGUGA